AGCGCCAACAGCCGGAGCGGCGGCAGCACCACCUCGGCGGCGCUGGGCCGGGCUCCCCCCUCACCCUGCGCGUCUCUCUCGCCGCCUUUUCCUGUCUGCAUCCUCCCCGGUCCUCCGCCCCCCCCCCCCCUCGCCAUUUUCACCCGGCAGGAGCUCGGCGGGACUUCCCUGAAACUUCGCGGGGGAACUCGCCUGGCGCCUCCGGGGCGGCCGCAAACUUUUCACCGCGGCGCCCGUCUCCCCCCCCUCCGUCCCUGACCCCUCGGCUCCGGGGCGGCGGCUCCGGCGGGAAGUUUUCGAUGAGCGCCCCUCCGCUGAUCCGGCCGCCCAGCCCGCUGAUGCCGCCGCCGGGGGCUGCUGCCGGCGGCGGCGUCGCCUUCCACCUCCAGAUAGGGCUGAGCCGGGAGCCGGUGCUGUUGCUGCAGGACUCCUCGGGGGACUUCAGCCUCGCCCACGUCCGGGAAAUGGCUUGCUCCAUCGUCGACCAGAAGUUUCCCGAAUGUGGUUUCUACGGAAUGUAUGACAAAAUUCUGCUCUUCCGCCAUGACCCUACCUCUGAAAACAUUCUCCAGUUGGUGAAAACAGCUGCAGAUAUCCAAGAAGGAGACCUAGUUGAAGUUGUCUUGUCAGCUUCUGCUACAUUUGAAGACUUUCAAAUCCGGCCCCAUGCUCUUUUUGUUCAUUCGUAUCGAGCGCCAGCCUUUUGUGACCAUUGUGGAGAAAUGCUGUGGGGGCUGGUGCGUCAGGGACUCAAAUGUGAAGGAUGUGGUCUAAAUUACCAUAAGAGAUGUGCGUUUAAAAUCCCUAACAACUGCAGUGGCGUACGGAAAAGGCGCCUGUCAAACGUGUCCCUAACAGGUCUCAGCACUGUUCGGACAGUUUCUGCAGAACCCUCGCCCAGCAUGCCGGAUGAAGCCCUUCUGUCUCCUGUCAGCCCUGGCUAUGAGCAAAAGACACCAUCAGAAUCAUUCACUGGGCGAGAGAAGAGAUCAAAUUCACAGUCAUACAUUGGGCGACCUAUUCAGCUAGACAAGAUCUUACUGUCCAAGGUUAAAGUGCCUCACACUUUUGUCAUCCACUCUUACACACGGCCAACAGUUUGCCAGUACUGUAAGAAGCUUCUCAAAGGGCUCUUUAGACAGGGUUUGCAGUGCAAAGACUGUAGGUUCAACUGUCACAAACGCUGUGCUCCUAAAGUGCCAAAUAACUGCCUGGGGGAAGUUGCCAUUAAUGGAGAUCUUCUUAGUCCUGGGGCUGAGUCAGAUGUGGUCAUGGAAGAAGGGAGUGACGACAAUGACAGUGAAAGAAACAGCGGUUUUAUAGAUGACAUGGAAGAAUCUAUAGCUCAUGAUUCUGAGAUGUCAAUGACAGGAUGCCAUAGUGACAAUGGAGAAAUGCAAGAUGCUGAUCCGGAUCAGGAUGAGUCUAACAGGAUGAUCAGCCCUUCAACCAGCAACAAUAUUCCAUUAAUGAGAGUGGUACAAUCUGUGAAGCACACAAAAAGGAGAAGUAGCACAGUAAUGAAGGAGGGUUGGAUGGUUCACUAUACAAGCAAGGACACACUGAGGAAACGACAUUACUGGAGACUGGACAGCAAAUGCAUUACACUUUUUCAAAAUGAUACUGGAAGCAAAUAUUACAAAGAAAUCCCAUUGUCUGAAAUUUUGUCUCUGGAACCUGCAAAAAUUUUCACUUUGCUGCCCCAAGGAGCCAAUCCUCAUUGUUUUGAAAUAAGCACAGCAAAUAUAGUCUAUUAUGUUGGAGAAAACAUAGAAAACCUCUCAAGUGUUCCACUGAAUAACAGUGUUAUCACCAGUGGUAUUGGCAUUGAUGUGGCACGAAUGUGGGAGAUGGCCAUACAGCAUGCCCUGAUGCCCGUCAUCCCUAAAGGGGCAUCAACUGGGUCAGGACCCAGCCUGCACAGGGAUAUAUCCAUCAGUAUUUCUGUGUCAAACUGCCAAGUUCAAGAAAAUGUGGAUAUUAGCACUGUAUACCAGAUCUUCCCAGAUGAGGUGUUGGGAUCAGGACAGUUUGGAAUUGUUUAUGGAGGAAAACAUCGCAAAACAGGAAGAGAUGUUGCCAUUAAAAUAAUUGACAAACUAAGGUUUCCAACUAAACAGGAAAGUCAACUUCGUAAUGAAGUUGCAAUUUUACAGAAUCUUCAUCAUCCUGGGGUUGUGAAUCUGGAGUGUAUGUUUGAGACGCCGGAAAGAGUGUUUGUUGUUAUGGAAAAACUCCAUGGAGACAUGCUGGAGAUGAUCUUAUCAAGUGAAAAGGGCAGAUUGCCAGAGAGAAUAACAAAGUUUUUAAUUACUCAGAUCCUUGUUGCUUUAAGACAUCUUCAUUUCAAAAAUAUUGUUCAUUGUGACCUCAAACCAGAAAAUGUGUUAUUGGCAUCAGCUGAUCCUUUCCCACAGGUAAAACUUUGUGAUUUUGGCUUUGCCCGAAUCAUUGGAGAGAAAUCAUUUAGGCGUUCAGUUGUAGGAACACCAGCCUACCUUGCUCCAGAAGUGCUAAGGAACAAAGGCUAUAACAGAUCUCUGGAUAUGUGGUCUGUGGGUGUCAUCAUUUAUGUAAGCCUCAGUGGUACCUUUCCAUUCAAUGAAGAUGAAGACAUACAUGACCAAAUCCAGAAUGCCGCUUUCAUGUAUCCACCUAAUCCAUGGAAAGAAAUUUCUCAUGAAGUUGGCUGAUUGAAAUCAAUUCCCAGGACAAUCAACUCUUUCAUCAAGCUCUUGACCUGUUUGCCAAACUGAGAUUCAUAGUAAAUGAUGAAAAAUUAUCUGUGAGGAUCAUAUACACCUGAAUACCUCUGAAGAUAAUAAACAAAUGGGAACCCUAUUAAAUUCACAUUCAGCACUGGCCUAUUUAUCAAAAGACAGACUGAAGUCUUAUUGUAAUUCUGCUGAAUUUAAGGGUAAGGUGACAGUGUUGCAGAAGAUGCUGAUAUCUGCCAAUGCCCAGAUUUACCACAGUGGGUAAGGACUAUGUUCUCCUCCUCCAAGCAUCAGAUAAAAACAAUGUCCACUACUUUUUCCCAAGUUAUAUCAGAAGUCACUGUAUAACUCAACCGUGCCAUAUGACUUGAUUUUCCUGUCUCUUCCUCAUGGCUUGGAACUUGAGAACUUCUCUUACCAAUAAAGAGGAAAAAGAUUAACCCCACUAUUUUGGAAAACAAAUGAGUUUUCAGAAUGCUACCAUCUAUCAGUAGUGGUCCUAUUGGCUAUCCACUGGCUGUCUGAUCCCACAUCCACUUCACAGACAUUUUGAGAGGGAACAAAAUAAACAUGAGUUAGAAAGUUUAGCAUGAACUGUACUUUACACUAAAAGAGACAGUAGCUAAACACCUGUUUUUCCAGAACAGGAAAAAUAAAAUUAGGACCAUCUGCUCCAGGAAAAGCAUGGCUCAGAACCUCUGGCAAUGUCUUCUUUGUCAGAAGCCCUGAGAUUUGUUUUAUCUCGUUCCCACAAUUGCUUUGAUUUCCAAGAUAAUAUUCAGCACCAGGAAGUCAGGGCUACUUUAGUGAUAGUCAGCUAUUGCUAAGAAUAGGUUUGUCUGUCAGACUUACUGCAUACAUCCAGAUAAGCCACCAUAUACAUUCCCAUUUUUGUGGGCAUUGUGCUCAUUGUGCUCUGCCUCAUGGCAGAAACACACAGGAAGCUCUAGUUGGCAAAUGAGCCUGGGGAGAGGAAGCCUCUUUUGAAAAAGAAAAGGUUUUCCAUAUUGCUGCACAAAUACAACCUCAGAGAUGUAGCAAUUUAAAGAAUUCUGUCCCAUUGCCUGCUCUUAAAACAGACAAGAUGAUUAUUCAGCUCCUUCAAUACCCAGCUGGCAACAAUGUCCAUCUCACAUUUCAGACCCAGUUCCCCUCAGUGAUGCCAUGUUUCUGUGUUACUUUCAAGAUCAUCUUUCCCUGUCACCAUGAUAUAAACAAAA